UUGAGCAACUUUUCUGCUGGUCAAAGUAACCAUUAUUUAAGAUUGUUUAUUAAUGCUGUGUAUCAUUUAUAUUAUUAAAAUAUUAUUAUUGUGUUGAUCUGAAUUUCUGAUCAGUGGUUCAAUAUUGGCUUCAAAAAUUGACUAAUGAUUGUCUAUUGUUCAAAAAUCAAGCUAUUGUGAAAAAUAGCAAUACUUUCUUCUAUUUGUGUACCUUAUUUUAAGUGAAAAUCAACUAAUAAUUGGUUAUAAUAACCUGGACUUUCUCAAAUUUAUAUCUACAAUUAUUUCUAAUACUUAUUUCUAUUAUCAUCAUCUUAUAAUUUUUACUCUUCCUACAUUACUUGAUCUUCUUCCAUCCUUGUGUAUCUUUUUUUGCCUGUAUUUAUCUUUGUAUUAUAGAAUUGAUGACUUUGUAUGGAGAUAUAAUUUUGACACGACUGUUUGAUUUUUUUAAAGUUAAUUUUGCAAAUUCUUUAUAAUUUCAUUCAUGUUUGAUGUCAAUUGGGGGAACUAUCUUUAUGGUUCACAAUGUGUGAGUCUGAGAGGGAUGAACGAGGAUUCAUGUGUGGUGUUAUUGAGGGCUUCUAUGGAAGACCAUGGACCACUGCCCAAAGAAAAGAUCUUUUUGUCAAAAUGAAAAAUUUUGGACUCAACACGUACAUGUAUGCCCCUAAAGAUGAUUUCAAGCAUCGAGCAUAUUGGAGGGAACUGUAUAGCGUUGAAGAAGGGGAACAAUUAGCAGCCCUGAUAUCUUGCUGCAAAGAAAAUGGAGUUACGUUUUAUUAUGCCGUGUCACCUGGACUGGAUAUGGUUUAUUCUAACCCUAAAGAAGUCAAUUGUCUUAAAAGAAAACUCGAACAAGUAUCACAUUUUGGAUGUGAUGCAUUUGCCCUUUUAUUUGAUGAUAUAGAGCCUGAAAUUAGUGAGACUGAUAAAGAAGUUUUCCAAAGUUUCGGCCAUGCUCAAGUCUCAGUAACCAAUGAAGUGUAUCAAAGCCUGGGGCAGCCUAAAUUUAUUUUCUGUCCAACAGAGUACUGUGCAUCCAGGGCCAUUCCUAAUGUCCAUAAUUCCGAUUACUUAAACAUUUUAGGUUCCAAACUUCUUCCAGCUAUCGACAUUAUGUGGACAGGUAACAAAGUUAUCUCCAAGAACAUUACUGUUCAAUCUAUCCAAGAGUUGUCGGAAGUACUAAAAAGAAACCCGGUGAUAUGGGACAAUAUUCAUGCUAAUGAUUAUGAUCAAAAGCGAAUCUUCCUUGGACCAUAUUCAGGUCGUUCAACUCAACUCAAUGCUCAUCUCAGAGGUGUGCUCACAAAUCCUAAUUGUGAAUAUGAGCCUAAUUUUAUAGCCAUCCACACAUUGGCCCAGUGGAGUAAAUGUAACUCGGAUGUUAAAUGUGAUAAUGUUUCGUCUGAUAUCAAAUUAGAAACUGAAAAUGAAUCAGCUUCUAUUGAUAAUAUACCUACGUGCCUAAGUGCCACAACUUAUCAUCCUAGAAAAGCUUUACGUGCAGCGGUCGAGGCCUGGUUACCAGAAUUUAAUGAAUCCAAAGUUGCCUAUGGUAAACCAAAUGACGUUAUAACUACUCCACUUGCUGCAGUUAUACCUACUCUCACUAUUCCACCGCCAUUAUUGCUACCAAAUAAUGAUAAUAUCAUCAAUGAUGAUGGAAGUUUGACUUUAAAUGAAAAGUGUGGCAAGAAGGCUCUUGAAACGGUGGGCGAGUCCAAUUUCCAGCCAAUAACCAAGGAAUUGGCUAAUUCAUUGGUUACUCCAACAGUGAUCCUUAAUCCUUUGGAGCCAAUGGAUUGUAACGCAUCGCCAGCUUUAUCGCCUAAGCAUGUCUCUGAUGCUCAGAUGGAAGAAGCAAAUAAUAAAAUCGAACAAACACAGAAUGAAGAACCUGAUGUUGUUCAUCCUGGAACAGCUAGUGACUCAAUCAGCAAGGAUAAUCCAUGUGCUGAUUUAACAGAAGAAAUGCAAACCGAAAGUUUAUCAGACGACUGUAUCGAAGAAAACAAAGUUGAAACGGUUAGUUUUGAAGAUGUUUCACUUCUAGUUGAUUUGUUUUACUUACCAUUCGAAUAUGGUACUCAAGGGGUCCACAUUCUUAACGAAUUUCAAUGGCUUAAGACAAAUGGUCACCUAAUCUCUGACGAUAGAAGACAAUCUUUAGGUUCUGUUGAUUCUCCUGAAGUUAUUGAAUGGUUUGAGCGAGCUAAAAAGUUUCAAGAAAUAUCUGAUACUGUUGAUCGACUUUGUUUACAUCUCGUGGGUUGCAAAAAUCUUUCACUUAUUUAUGACCUUUUUCCUUAUGUUUGGGACCUUAGAGGUGCUGUUUCAUUGCUCAACAGCUAUGUCAAGUGGAUGGCACUUGGAAAAAUACCUACUACCCCAGCGGCCACUGCUUCCCCAACUUUCACAUGGUUUUCUAAAGGAUAUAAAGAAGCCUUUUCCAGUGGAGAUCAAGAGCCAUGGAUUUUUCGUGGAGGAUUGACCGGUGAACUUCAAAGACUACUUCCAUUAGAGAGCAUAAAUGAUCUUUUCAUUUAUAAAUCACCUGAAUUACCAUCUAGUCGUUCUUACAAUAUCCGCCCGUUCAGGGCACCUGACGAAGCAAUCAUUUACAAGCUCUAUAAUAAAAGUUUUCUAGAAUUUUAUGAGACCAGUAACAAUUUUAAACAAUAUCCAGACCUUUUACCUGAUCGAUUUGUCGGAGGAUUCAUAACAUUAUGCCCUGAAUAUUGUUUCGUUGUAGAAGAUGCAAAUGAAAUUAUUGGAUAUGCUCUUGCAGCAUUAGACGCUAGAAAGUAUGAAGAAAAACUGGAAGCCGCAUGGUUUCCUGAAAUGGUCACUAAAUAUCCAUGCCCGUCAGAAAAGCAAGAGAAAGGAGAAACAUUAGAUUCUGCAGAAGAAAUGAUUGUGGCCAUGCACCAAGACCAGAAAGGAUCAUUCCGUAUUCCUGACAUAGUCUACAAAACUCAUCCUUCCCUUCUGUACCUUACCGUUUCACCCACUUUACUUGAUGCAAGUGUCCCAAAGCGAUUGCUGUCUCUCGUCCUUACCGCUCUUAAGGCUAAUGGUUCUCAUGGUGCCUGUACUCGUCUUUUAACCCGAGAAAAGGAAAUAAUCGAAUUUUAUCUGAAAUUAGGUUUCCAAGAGAUCCAACUUCCCUCUGAAGACAAUUUUGAGACAAAUGAGCUCUUUUUAGGCAGGGCCAUUUGAUCUUGAAAUCUUCAAUAAGUGACUUGAUAAUUCAAUGAUUACACUGAUGAAAGUAAUAACGAACAACUUGCAUUUUCAGUAAGCGAGAUGUAUUGUUAAUAUUUGAAAAAAUAAACAUAAUGUAACAAUUUAUUAUAAUUU